AUGAUACCAAGUCAUCUCCAGAGGGAUCUCCAUGAUGAGGAGGAAGGUGACAGCGAGGAUGAGCUGAACCUAGACGAGAUGUUGGGGGACAUGCAACAGCUCAAGAAGAACGGUCGUCUUAGCACCAUCUUAGUAAACCCUAGCGACGGUGCCGGGCCAUCGUCAACAGCUGCUGCCACCGCACCGGAAACUACGCUGGCCUCUAUGGUGGCUGUCAUGGAUGCCGCCGUAACCGCAUUGGCCGCCGCAUCUCACAGCCCUAUGCCGCUCGCUGGAAGUGUUGGAUCUACUGCUCGUGCAACUGGUGCAAUUUCAAGUCCAGUCGCCGCGACCACCGAAAUCACACCUGCAAUGACUCAACUCAACGCGGCAUCAGUCGCGCAGCGGCUGUUGAGGGGUUUCGCCUGCAAGCUCACUCCUUCUAUCAACCUGAAAUGGAUCACACGCGAUGGCGAUGCUCUCAUAAUCAACACCCUUGUUAGUCAUGAUCAGCAUUUUGGAAAAAGUGACCGAGGCAAUCCCGUACCUGUUGUUGGAUGCGCCUACACCGAGUGGGCGGAGUUUUAA